GAGCCCCGGGGAUGGGGAGCAGCAGGGGGUGAGAACCCGGACGCGAAGGGCUUCAGGGUCCCCACGGGGUAGCGGGGGUGCAAAUUGGGCAGGCGGUGCCGCAGCUCUGCGCAUGUGCAGGAGGCGCCGGAGUUUCACUUUGUAACUUUAAGAAGUGGAAACACAGCCCUCCCGGCCAAGUGGACCGGACAGCCGCUUGCCCGCCGCAGGGAAGUCUGUGAAGGCUGGUGCCCUUACCACCCCACAGGCAGGAAAUGAGUGGUGGGCCUGAGGCAGCUUGAGAGGUGGCCAGAGUCAGCGCCAACUGAGAACCUCUCCAAGGGGCACAUCCACAGGCCUGUCUGGGAGGCAGGCGCAAUGACUGACCCCCCUUUCCUGGAGCUGUGGCAGUCCAAGGCUGUGUCCAUCCGUGAGCGGCUGGGCAUUGGGGACCGGCCCAACGACUCCUACUGCUACAGCUCGGCCAGAAACAGCACUGUGCUGCAGGGAGUCACCUUUGGUGGCGUCCCUACUGUCCUGCUCAUAGAUGUCAUUUUCUUCCUGAUUUUAGUAUUGGUGUUUUCCUUCAUAAGAAGAAGAUUCUGGGAUUACGGCCGUAUUGCCCUGGUGUCAGAAGCUGAUUGUGAGUCCAGAUUCCAGAGGUUGUCGUCAUCUUCUUCCUCAGGCCUAUGUGACUUUGAAAGCGAGCUGGGAUGCUGCCCCUGGCUGACUGCUAUCUUCCACCUGCAUGAUGACCAGAUCCUGGAGUGGUGUGGGGAGGACGCCAUUCACUACCUGUCCUUCCAGAGACAUAUCAUCUUCCUGCUGGUGGUGGUCAGCUGCUUGUCCUUGUGCGUCAUCCUGCCUGUCAACCUCUCAGGCAACUUGCUGGACAAAGACCCUUAUAGCUUCGGGAGGACGACGAUAGCAAACCUACAGACUGACAAUGACCUCCUUUGGCUGCACACCAUCUUUGCUGUUGUCUAUCUCAUCCUCACUGUGGGCUUCAUGCGACACCACACCCAAUCCAUCAAGUACAAAGAAGAGAACCUGGUGAGGCGGACACUGUUCAUUACUGGACUCCCGAGAAAUGCCCAGAAGGAGACUGUGGAGAGCCACUUCCGGGACGCAUAUCCCACAUGUGAAGUGCAGGAUGCCCAGCUGUGCUACAACGUGGCCAAGCUGAUGAACCUGUGCAAGGAGAGAAGACAGAUUGAGAAGAGCCUGACCUAUUACACACAUCUGCAGGUGAAGACAGGCCAGCAGACCCUCAUCAAUCCCAAGCCCUGUGGCCAGUUCUGCUGCUGCGAAGUGCCAGGGUGUGAGAGGGAAGACACCAUCUCUUACUACACACGCAUGAAGGACAGGCUGAUGGAGAAGAUUGCAAAGGAGGAACGCAGAGUCCAGGACCAGCCCCUGGGGAUGGCCUUUGUCACCUUCCAGGAGAAGUCCAUGGCCACCUACAUCCUGAAAGACUUCAAUGCCUGCAAGUGUCAGGGCCUCUGCUGCAAGGGUGAGCCCCAGCUGUCUUCCUGCAGCAGAGAGCUCCGCACCUCCAAAUGGACCGUCACCUUUGCUGCUUACCCUGAGGACAUCUGCUGGAAGAACCUCUCCACCCAGGGCUUCCGCUGGUGGUUCCAGUGGCUGGGCAUCAACUUCACUCUCUUCCUGGGGCUGUUUUUUCUGACCACCCCCUCCAUCAUCCUGUCCACCAUGGACAAGUUCAAUGUCACCAAACCCAUCCAUGCACUGAAUGACCCAGUCAUCAGCCAGUUCUUUCCGACACUCCUGCUGUGGUCCUUCUCUGCCCUGCUCCCCACCAUCGUCUACUACUCCACACUGCUGGAGUCUCACUGGACCAAGUCAGGGGAAAACCGGACCAUGGUGACCAAGGUCUACAUAUUCUUGAUCUUCAUGGUGCUGAUCCUGCCCUCCCUGGGUCUCACCAGUUUGGAUUUUUUCUUCCGGUGGCUCUUUGACAAAACUUCUUCAGAGACCUCUAUCAGGCUGGAGUGCGUCUUCCUGCCAGACCAGGGUGCCUUCUUCGUGAACUACAUCAUUGCUUCGGCCUUCAUCGGCAAUGGCAUGGAGCUGCUGCGGCUGCCUGGCCUCAUCCUCUACACCUUCCGCAUGAUCGUGGCCAAGACGGCAGCUGACCGCAGGCAUGUCAAGCAGAACCAGGCCUUCGAGUAUGAGUUUGGAGCCAUGUACGCAUGGACACUGUGUGUCUUCAGCGUCAUCAUGGCCUACAGCAUCACCUGCCCCAUCAUCGCGCCAUUCGGCCUCAUCUAUAUCCUGCUCAAGCACAUGGUGGACCGGCACAACCUCUACUUUGUCUACCUCCCGGCCAAGCUGGAGAAGGGGAUCCACUUUGCAGCUGUGCACCAGGCCUUGGCCGCUCCCAUCCUGUGCCUCUUUUGGCUUUUCUUCUUCUCUUUCCUGCGCCUGGGUUUGAAGGCCCCUGCCACGCUGUUCACUUUCCUGGUUGUGCUACUCACCAUCCUGUUCUGUGUGGCCUACACCUGCUUUAGCUGCUUCAGGCACCUGUGCCCUCUGAACUAUAAGACAGAGGAAUCAGCAAAUGACAAAGGAAGUGAGGCAGAGGCCCGCGAGCCUCCACCCUUCACGCCCUACGUGCCCCGGAUUUUAAACAGCUUGUCCUCGGAGAGAACAGCCCUAUCCCUGCAGCAGCAGACCUAUGGUGCCAUCCACAACAUCAGUGGGGCUGUCCUGGGGCAGUGCCUGGCCCAGACCCCUGCAGACAGUGAGGCGGCUGCCUACCAGGAGGUCUGAGGGCGGCGAUGCUAGGACCAGAGGAGACACAGGUGGAGAAGAAGCUUGAUUUUGACCUCUGUCAAGUUCAGGACUUUCCAUCUAUGUUAAGCACAACUGCUCCGAAAAGAUGGAACCAGAGAAGCGAUAUAGCCCUUGGCUGAGAUUGGUGGGGGAGAAGGACUUCCAUCCGGGGGUGGUCUUUUCCAGUCACAACAACAGUGACGGGAGCAGGGGCAGCUCUGGCUCCUACUUGCAUAUUUCCAAUUCCCUCUCCUGCUCAACCUCUGUGGUUGGCAUGAAGUUCCCAGUGACUUUUAGCAAGACCAGGUGUUGGAACAGUGCCCCUGCACACCUUUAAGGAGGGGAAGACCUCCCUUCUCCUGAGCCCCAAGUGUAGUCCAGCCCUCUCUAGGAACACAUGGCUAACCUAAGAUGGGCCCCAGAUGGGGUCCAGGUUCAUUCCAGUGCCCCUGCCCCAAAUUAAGCCAUUCACCCUGCACUCCCCCACCCCCUGCCCCAGGAUUGAGCUUGGGGGAACAGGAAGCAGCAACUACACACACCCCUCCACAUCCUCACUGGUUGUUCCUGUAUCAUGUUUCCAAUGACACUUGGCUGGGUCAGAGUCACCCUGCGGUAGGCAGGAGCAGUGAGGACCACUAAUAAAGUGCCCAUUCAUCCAGA